GCAAUCUUGUAAUUCUAACAAGAAAAUAUCAACAAUGCCUUUUCCCGCCUUUUCUCAUUUUUGAUUUGUGAAUUUUCUUUCCUUCUCUAGAGGCUGCGAGCUCGAAACCACAAACCUUCCCGAGGAAUGUCUCCAAAUCCCUACAUACUUUCAUCUCGUCUCCUCCAGGAUCCUUCAAUUCUGCUUUCUAGGGUUCCAUUUCAACUUUUAACCUCGUCAACAUGGAAGGACAUACCUUAAAAUUGAUACUAGAGAAGGGUCCUCGAGAGGGGGAAACCCUAGAUUGCAAAGAUAGAUCUGUGGUUCGAAUCGGUAGAGUCGUCAAAGGCAACACCUACUGCAUCAAAGACGCAGGAAUUUCAUCGAAGCACCUGUUGAUCGAGUUCACAGAAGCAAAAUGGAUGGUUUCGGACCUCGAGAGCUCAAACGGUACUUUUCUGAACGAAGUUAAUUUGCAAGCUUUGUUAACUUACGAUCUGAGGGACGGGGACAUGAUCAGGAUUGGGGAGUGCACAUCUAUUAGGGUGAAGAUUGGAGAGGAAGUCAAGGUUGACAAUGGUUCCAAAAGGGGUCGAAGAGGAGCUUCUGUGGAAGAUGUAAAUGGGGUAGGUGCAGAGAAUGCAGAGAUUCAAGUGAGGAGAAAUCCCAAGCGAGGAGUGGCUUCAAAGAAGGUUCCCAAGGAGGAUCCUCUAGCAAAUGGCUCUGAAGUUCGAAUUGCUCCUGUUAAAUCGAAUUUAGAAGUAGAAGAUCGUGGGGUAGCAAACAUCUUGCCUCCUUUACCAAAGGCGAAGGGGCGGGGUCGCGGUCGAGGUCGAGGUCGAGGAGCUGCAGGGAGGAGGAUUGAGAUACAUGAAAAUUCUAAUUUAGGACCAGAAAACAAUAGAGAACAGGAGAAUGUAGUCACUGUUGGUGAGAAUUGGACUGGACAAGGGGCUUUGGAGAAUGAACCUGCUGGGUCUGUUUCUGAGGUUCAUAAGAUUACUGAGAGUUCCAAUUUGGAUCAAGAGGGCUGCAAAGAGCCAGAGGAUUCAGCUCCAGUUGUUGAACAGAAACCAAGUCUGAGAGUGCUGAAAAGGACUAGAUCUUCUAAGGAUGUUGAUGAUGAUGAACCUCCAGUUUCUGUUUCAGAGGUUUUAAAAAUUCCUAAAAUUUCAGGUUUACGCCAAGAGAGUUGUAGAGAACCAGGGAACGAGGCUCAUGUAGGAAGGAAGCAGGGGGGAAGAAUGGCACUUAAAAGGACCAAGGCCUCAGAGAAUGAAACUUCAGCCCCUGUAUCAAUUCAUGUUGCUGAUGCUACGCUGGGUGGAUCAAAUUUAGAGGAUACUUGUAAGGAAAGCAGCAGAGAAUCAGAGAAUGUGAUCGAUGUUGAAGAGAAUUUGACUUGGCGAGGGGCUUCAAAGAGGACGAGGGCAUCAAAGAUUAAACCUGGAGAAUCUAUUUCUGAGGUUCAUGACAUUACUAAAAGCCCCAACACAAUUCAAGAUAGCUUCAGAGAACAAGAAAACGCAGCUCCUGUUGAACAGAAGUCAAGACGGGGAGCGACUCUAAGAAGGACUAGAUCUUCACAGCAUGACGAAGCUUCAGUUUCUGUUUCUGUUUCUGUUUCAGGGCUUCCAAAGAUUUCUGCAAGUAAAAAUUUAGGUCGAGAGAGUUGUGGAGAACUAGAGACUGUGGUUCAUGUAGAAGAGAAGCAUGCAGGAGUGGUGCCUGAAAGGACCAAGGCUUCUGAAGAAGAGACUUCAGCCCAUGUGUCGAUACCUGUUGAUGGGGCUCAGCUGGAUGGAUCAAAUUCACAGAAGAAUACUGGUACGGAUCCGGUGAGUACAGCUGUAGUUAAAGAGAAUUCUGUAAAGGUUGAUGAUGGAAAGGGGUUGGAGAAGAUGACACUAGGAGAGUGGUUUGACAAUUUGGAGGUUAACUUACCAAAGCAGAUAUAUGACAUUACUGAGGAGAUGAUUUUGAGUAUGAGGCAGAAAGCUAAGCAGUUCAAUGAGUUUAUUUCACAGCAGCAAAAUGUGAAGGCUAAGCAUCCUGCAGUUUGAUUUGUUAGACAACCUAAGCCUAUAAAGUUCUUUGUUGAAGGGUCAGGCUAAUCAACACAUCUGUUAGUGUCAAAGUUGUAACCCACUUUUUUUUUUUUUUUUUUUUCGGGGGCUCUGUACUGUAACGUUCUAAAAAAUGGAUUCUGUUGUUUUUUCAUUUUUUUGGAACAGAAAUGGGGUAAAAACUGUAUGGUAAACCGGUUCAGUUUCUUAAUUUUUUGAAAUGAACCAAGCACUUUUAAGGCUUUGGAGUCA